AUCACCACCCAUGGUCACCACCACCUCCCAUGGUCACCACCAGAGCUGUCAUCCGGGUGUCCGUCGCUCGGCGCAGACUCACACCGCGCCGCAGCUCUACUGUUUCCGUAGCCAGUGUGUGCUACCAGCAGCUGAGCCCUCAGCCCAGGGAAACAGCUCACUCACGGAAACCGACCAUCCCGACCGAAUCAUGUCACAGAUGCCCCCGUCCAUGGUGGAUUAACGCCCGCAAUCGGAAGAGAACCGCUCGCUGAUCCAUGUCCACGCGCGGCGCUCCGCCGUGCCUCGCAGGGAGCUCGUCGGCGACACCUUCCAUAACAUGGGAGAUUAAAAAGAGAUAUUAAGUGUGCGUCUUGGGCUAGUACGCUAGCAAGCUACCCCCUCCUCCCCCCCUCCCCUUAGUUGAUCUGUCACCCUCACCCUCCGUUCCCAAUUUCAACGGUGGAAAAUGAAGAAGUUUAACAUCAGGAAGGUGCUGGACGGCUUGACGGCGUCUUCUUCCUCGUCCGCCCCGGCGGCACCGGGGAGCCGAGACAGCGAGCUGGUCCAAGAGAGUCUUCAGUCGGAGCAUUUCCAGCUUUGCAAGACUGUGCGUCAUGGCUUUCCACAUCAACCAUCCUCCAUGACCUUUGACCCUGUGCAGAAGAUCCUGGCCGUGGGGACGCUGGGUGGAGCAUUGAGACUGUUUGGCCGUUCUGGCGUGGAGUGCUACUGCCAGCACGAGAGUGGAGCCGCCGUCAUCCAGCUGCAGUUCCUCAUCAAUGAGGGGGCGCUGGUGAGUGCCUUAGCCGACGACAGCAUUCACCUGUGGAACCUGAGGCAGAAGCAGCCUGCUAUUCUGCAUUCCCUAAAGUUCAGCAAGGAGAGGAUCACGUACUGCCACCUGCCCUUCCAGAGUAAGUGGCUGUACAUCGGGACGAGGGGGAACAUCCACAUCGUCAACGUGGAGUCCUUCACCCUCUCGGGCUACGUCAUCAUGUGGAACAAAGCCAUUGAGCUAUCCACCAAGUCCCACCCUGGCCCUGUAGUCCACAUCAGUGACAACCCAAUGGACGAAGGCAAGCUUCUGAUUGGUUUUGAAUGUGGGAUAGUGGUGCUGUGGGACCUCAAGUGUAAAAAGGCUGACUACCGCUACAGUUACGAUGAGGCCAUCCACUCGGUGGCCUGGCACCACGAGGGGAAGCAGUUUGUGUGCAGCCACUCUGACGGCACCCUGACCACUUGGAAUGUACGAGUCACCGCCAAGCCUAUCCAGACCAUCACACCACAUGGCAAGCAGCCCAAAGACGGGAAGAAACCAGAACCCUGCAAGCCCAUCCUCAAAGUGGAGUACAAGACCACGCGGGCCGGGGACGCCUUCAUGGUGCUGUCGGGGGGGCUGUCCUACGACACGGUGGGGCGCAGGGCCUGCCUCACCGUGAUGCACGGCAAGAGCACCACUGUGCUGGAGAUGGACUACCCCAUCGUAGAGUUCCUCACGCUAUGUGAAACUCCAUACUCCAACGACGUCCAGGAGCCGUAUGCUGUGGUGGUCCUGCUCGAGAAGGAUUUAGUGGUGAUCGACCUCGGACAAAUUGGCUACCCCAUAUUCGAGUCUCCGUACCCCCUGAGCAUCCACGAGUCGCCGGUGACCUGCUGUGAGUACUUUGCCGACUGCCCCGCCGAGCUGAUCGCAGCGCUGUACUCGGUGGGCUCCAGGCAGAAGAGACAGGGUUACAGCAAGAAGGAAUGGCCCAUUAGUGGUGGAAACUGGGGCCAGGGGACCCAGAGCUACCCGGAGAUAGUCAUCACUGGACAUGCCGAUGGCUCCCUUAAGUUCUGGGACGCCUCUGCUUUAAUGUUCCAAAUGCUGUACAAGCUGAAAACUGCCAAAGUGUUCGAGAGGCCCCGAAGCAAGGAAGACAAGCCGAGCACAGAGCUGGUGGAGGAGGAUCCCUUUGCCAUCCAGACCCUUUCCUGGUGCCCUGAGAGCAGGAUACUGUGCGUGGCCGGAGUCUCUGCCCACGUCCUCGUCUAUAGGUUCAGCAAGCAGGAAGUCACCACAGAAGAAGUGCAGAUGCUGGAGGUGCGCAUGCAGAGUGAUCUGAGUGAUGUGGAGUCCCCGGAGCCAGCGGGGGAUCAGACCCCCACACUGCCCACCCCGGGGGCCGCCUCCUCCAGCCCCCAGGAGGGAGAGCCCCCCCUGCAGGCCGCCACAGGCAGCACCCCGUCGGACCUGCCCCGCGGCAACGUGCCAUGUCUCCAGGUGCGUGGCUCUCCUCUGAAGCAGUCUCCAGGCUACCAGGUGGACCUGGUGGUCCAGCUGGUGGGGGUGAGCGGCGAGCCCCCCCAGCAGAUCACCAGCCUGGCCCACAACUCCUCCUACGGCCUUGUGGUUUUGGGUAACAGUGGUGGUCUGGCCGUUGUGGAUUACCUCCAGCGCACGGUGCUCCUCAACAUGGGCACGUCGGAGCUCUACACCCCCUCGGACCCCUACCAGAGGCAGCCGCGCUCCCCCCGCAAGACCCGCCACCCCUCUGGAGCGUUGUGCGACGGUAACGACGGCCCCACAGCCUCAGAAGACCGCUGCAAAUCGCCCACUUCAGGAUCUGCCUCUCCCUGCAAUUCAGACGAAGAGCCAAAGCAACAAAGGUUCCUUGCUCUGGUGAAGACAAAGAGCAGGCGCUUCUCCAAGACGGUGUCCAGUGACUUUGCCAAGAUCUCAAGGAAAAUAAAUUCCUCCACUGAGCAAAAGCCAGACACUGACGCCAAGGACAGCUCCUUCAGCCGCUCCCGCAGCUCCAGCGUCACCAGCAUCGAGCGCGAGUGUGAGGUCAUCUCCUCCUUCCACUUCUGCGAGACGUUCCCCCGCAAGGUGACGGAGGGCGGGCCGGGCCCCUGCCUGAUGGUGGGCACCAGCCAGGGUGCGGUGCUGCUGCUGGACCUCAGCCUGCCCCCUGCGGCCGACCAGCGGCUCUCCCAGCCCGUGGGCGUGUCCAGCUGCGGCACCCUGGUGCGACUGAAGGGUGGGGUGAUGACCAUGGCUCUCCUGGACGCCGCUGGCGCACUGCUGCCCCCUGCCUAUGAGCCGUGGUACGACCCCAACGCCUCGGACGAGGACAAGGAGAAGGAGCGGAGCAGGAGGCGGGCCGACGUCCCGGCCGCCUCCCAGGAGGGCGGCGCGGCGGACGGGCAGUACGCGGUGGUGUGCCUGGAGAAGCAGGCCACGGUGGUGGCCAUGCCCUCCCAGACGGCCGUCUUCAAACACAACAUCACCGAGAGCUCCUUCGUGCUGCGGGCCGACGUGGUGCAGAUGGCCGCCAGCAACUGCAUCGCCUGCUUCUGCGCCAACGGGCACAUCAUGACCCUGAGUUUGCCCAGCUUGCGCCCCCUGCUGGACGUCAACUACCUGCCUCUCACCGACAUGCGGAUAGCACGGACGUUUGCCUUCUCCAACCUGGGCCAGGCGCUGUACCUGACCUCCCCCGCGGAGGUGCAGAGGAUCACCUACAGCCAGGAGACCUGUGACAACCUCCAGGAGAUGCUGUGUGAGCUGUUCACCCCUGUGGAGACACCAGAAGCUCCGAACCGAGGCUUCUUCAAGGGCCUGUUUGGGGGAGGGGCUCAGUCCCUGGACCGGGAAGAUCUCUUCGGAGAGGACCGCUGCGGGGAAGGCCUCCCGCAGUCUGGCCAGCACAUCCCGGGUCCCGGGGGCAUGGAGGGCAUGAAGGGAGCUGCGUCGGGGGUGGUGGGGGACCUGGCGCGCCGCAUCGCCCUGGACGAGAGAGGACAGAAGCUGGGCGAGCUGGAGGAGCGCACGGCGGCCAUGAUGGCCAGCGCCGACUCCUUCUCCAAACACGCUCACGACAUGAUGUUGAAGUACAAAGACAAGAAGUGGUACCAGCUCUGAUGUCGGCACGGCUGAGAACUUCAGACUCUGUAGCAACACACUAGUCUUCUCUGGGGGGAGGCAUAAUGUCCCUGCCUUUCCCUUUUACCUCCCCAACGGCCCCCAGAGGUGUGGUAUAAUUAUUUUUUUUGGCACACCAUCAUUAAUUGGGAUCACGUUACUUUGUUCAACCGAGGAAAACGAAGAGGAGUGUCAGACACCUGCGGAAGGGUAGAGAAGCGAGAGGGAGCGAUUUUCAGGACGGUGGAUUGUGGAUUCGACACUCUGGGGAGCAGAGAGCUAGAGAGCCAGUCACAUCCAUGAGUAACGCACUCGUUUAGAGGAAUACACAUUAAUAUAUGAUAUACUGUGUUUUAUUAAAACGGAAGGAAGACUGUU